GGGAGUGGAUAGGCAGGGAGGGGUACAAGGCGGGACGGGAGCUGCCUUUUCUUGUCUUGUGCCAGCUCCAGGAGGGGGUGAGGCGGAGCCUCCCCGACGGAUUCGCGUGCUGCCAACCUGGGAGAGGCUGGUUACUCCCUGAGGAGGAGCAGCGGAAAACAAGAGGCUCAACCCUGCAAGUCAGCCUAGCUUCUGCUCUGAACAACUGGGGUGGCGGAAGAACUUUCCUUUGGGGAAGCACGAAAUCUGAUCUCGCCCAGGAAGGCCAACGAGAGGGAUGGUGGAACCCCUAUGGGGCUCCCUCCACCUUAACACCCAGCAACUGCUUGGAGCAACUGAAGAUAGCCUUCCUUCAACGAUCCCAAAAGGCCUCCCUCUGGUCAUUUAGCUGUCUGGAAGAGGUGGACUGCACCGGCUCUCAACUAGCCCUUCUUUCUACCCCAUAGGUGCUGUAAACUGAGAACAAUGAUCUAGACAUAAGCCUGCAGAGAAAUUUCAUAUAGAAAAUAAAAGAAGUUCAAUUUACUGAUUCAAAUCCUCCCCUUCCUUUGGAACCCAGAGUGAAAGAACUUCAAUCAUCUCUACUUUCUAAAUUGCCAACCUCCUCCAGUUAUGAAGAUGCAGCUAAGCCGAAGAGGAUACGUUAGAUGCCUGCUUUUCUUCAUGUUAAAAUUAACAGCAGCCAUUGAAAUACCAAUCUCAGUUAAACAGGUCCCAACAAUCAUCACAGAACAGUCAACAGUACAAGUUGCAUUUCCUUUCGACGAAUACUUUCAGUUUGUCUGUGAAGCCAAAGGAAAUCCAGAACCAACGUUUCACUGGACUAAGAAUGAAGAACACUUUAGUCUCCUCUCUGAUCCACGGAUCAUUUCAUCUAAUAAUACAGGCACAUUCAAAAUCUUAAAUGAGGGACACAUCACUCACUUUCAAGGAAAAUACCGGUGCUUCGCAUCUAAUGAAUUAGGAACUGCCAUGUCAGAAGAAAUCGAUUUCAUAGUUCCAAGUAUACCUAAAUUUCCAAAAGAAAAAAUUGAACCUCUGGAAGUUGAAGAGGGGAAUUCAAUCGUUCUCCACUGCAAUCCCCCCAAAGGCAUCCCUCCACUUCAUAUAUACUGGAUGAAUAUUGAUUUGCAGCACAUCCCACAGGAUGAAAGAGUAUACAUGAGCCAGAAGGGAGAUCUAUACUUUGCAAAUGUGGAAGAAAAUGACAGUCGGAGUGAUUAUUGUUGCUUUGCAGCUUUUCCAAGAUUGCGAACUAUUGUACAAAAGAUGCCAAUGAAACUGACAGUGAACAGUUUAAAGCAUGCUAAUGACUCAAGUUCACACAGACAGAAUAUUACCAAGGCAAACUCAAUCAAGCAAAGACAACCCAGAAUGCUUUUGCCUCCCGAAACUUCUGGCAGUCAUUCUUCAGUCACCAUCAUCAAAGGGGGAACAUUGCUAUUGGAAUGCUUUGCUGAAGGCCUGCCAACUCCACAGAUCACUUGGAUGAAGGUGGGUGAAGAUUUGCCCAAGGGAAGAGAAGAAAGAGAAAAUUUUGGAAAGACAUUGAAGAUUGAACAGGUCACUCACAUGGAUAAAGGACAUUACCGGUGCAUGGCCAAGAAUUACAAAGGGACUGCCACGCAUGAAUUCCGAGUAACUGUAGAAGAACCUCCUCGCUGGACAAAGAAACCUGAAAGUGCUGUAUACAGCAUUGGGAGCAAUGGAAUCCUGCUAUGUGAAGCCGAGGGAGAGCCCGCCCCUGAAAUAGAGUGGAAAAUCAAUGGCUUACCUGUUAAUAAAGAGCACUCCCUACCUGGUAUUGUAUUCUUCCCAGGAGAAAUCAGUUUCAACAAUAUUCAGUUGAAUCAUACUGGUGUGUACCAGUGUGAAGCCACAAAUGUACAUGGCAAAAUUCUUGCUACUGCCAAUAUCAAUGUUUUAGAUAUUUCUCCAUUGAUGCAAACCCCAGAUGAUGAAGGGUAUGCUGCUGUGGUUGGUUACAGUGCUUACUUAUUUUGUGACGUUUUUGCCUCACCUCCUGCAGUAAUUACUUGGCAAAAACCAUCGAAAGUUGAAAGGCUAGAAGGUCCACAUUACACUACACAUCAAAAUGGAACCUUAGAAAUUAAAAAAACAACAAAAGAAGAUGCUGGUCCUUAUACUUGUUGGGUGAAAAGUCCUCGAGGAGAGGUGGCAGUCACUGCCCAUUUGGCAAUUAGAGAUGCUACAAACCUUACCAUUUCUCCACUGAAUCCUCAUGUCAUCAAGUCACACUUGCUAGUUUUGCACUGUGAGAUAGAGUGUGAUUCCCACUUGAAGCACAGUUUGAAGUUAUCUUGGAGUAAAGAUGAGGAAGCACUUGAAGCUAAUGGAACUGAAGAUAUCAGCCGGAUAACUAUUGAUGGAGACAAACUGACUAUUUCAAAUGUCACUUUAGAGGAUGAAGGGUCGUAUUCCUGCCAUGUUAAUACUGCACUUGAUGGAGCAGUGGCAACAACUCAAGUGAUCAUUCUUGAUGUUCCUGAUCCACCAGAAAAUCUCCAUAUCUCUGAAAGGCAGAACAGGAGUGUGCGGUUGACUUGGGAAGCUGGAGAUAGCCACAACAGUAUCAUAACUGAGUUCAUUAUAGAGUUUGAAGGCAAUAAAGAUGAGCCAGGAAAGUGGGCGGAAUUAACUAAAAUUCAAGGAAAUGAAACGACAGCCCUAUUAUCAUUGGCACCAUAUGUAAAAUACCAGUUCCGAGUAAUAGGGGUAAAUGCUGUGGGAAGGAGCCUACCCAGUGAUCCUUCUGACUAUCACGAAACUCCACCUGCAGCUCCAGAUAAGAACCCAGACAACAUAAAAGUUGAAGCUUCUCAACCCAAGGAAAUGUUUAUCAAAUGGGAGCCACUGAAAUCCAUGGAACGAAAUGGACCAGGAUUAGAAUAUCGAGUGUCAUGGAGACAACAAGGAGUUCCUUCAGAAUGGUCUGAUGAAUUGGCCACAGAUAAUACCUUACGAGUGAUGACCUCAUCUGUCUUUACUCCUUAUGAUGUCAAAGUUCAAGCAAUCAACCAACUUGGUUCUGGGCCUGAGCCUCAGACUAUAACUGUGUAUUCAGGAGAAGACUAUCCUGAUGCUGCUCCUUCUUCAGUAUCAGCCAGUGUUAUAAAUAGCACGCUUAUAAAUGUCACUUGGGACAGAAUUCCAAAAGAGAGAGUACAUGGACAUUUAAGAGGAUAUCAGAUCAAUUGGUGGAAAACAAAAAGCAGAUUGGAUGAGAGGAAAUUCCCCAAAGAAAUAAAAACUUUAAGACUGGCAGGAGACAGAAGCUAUGGAAUGGUUCCUUCACUAGACCCAUUUAGCGAAUUCAAGUUAACAGUCUUAGCCUACAAUUCCAAAGGUGCUGGGCCGGAAAGUACUCCAAUUUCUUUUCAAACUCCAGAAGGAGUACCUGAACAACCUACUUUCCUCAAGGUUAUAAAUGCUGAUAAGGACACUGUUGUUUUAUCCUGGGGACUGCCCAAGAAAGCACAUGGCAACCUAACUGGCUAUAAUUUACAAUAUCAGAUAAUCAAUGACACAGAUGAGAUUGGAGAACUAAAGGAAAUAAAUGUUACAAACCCUUCAAAACUCAGCUGGCGUGUUCCAGAUCUUAACUCCACUACCAAAUAUAAAUUCUACUUGAGGGCAUGUACUUCCAAAGGCUGUGGGAAACCUAUUACUGAGGAAGGUUGUACAAUAGGAGAAGGCAGUAAGAAUUUCGGGAAGAUUUCAGAAGCAAUAAAUCCUACCCAAAAGGUUCACCCUCUUGAGACAUUUGACCCUGACACUGAGCAUACAGUUCGUCUAGUGACUAAGAAUUGGGUUGAUAACAAUAGCAUUUUUGAAGAUGUUAUUGAGACAAGGGGGAGAGCAUAUGCAGGCUUAUAUGACAACAUCUCUACCCAAGGAUGGUUUAUUGGACUGAUGUGUGCCAUAGCUCUUCUUACAUUAGUACUGUUAACUAUUUGCUUUGUGAGAAGGAACAAAGGUGGAAAAUACUCAGUGAAAGAAAAAGAAGAUUUACAUCCAGAUCCAGAAGUUCAGUCAGGAAAAGAUGAAACCUUUGGCGAGUACAGUGACAGUGAUGAAAAACCACUUAAAGGAAGCCUCCAGUCUCUAAACAGAAAUCUCCAGGCCACAGAAAGUGCUGAUAGCUUGGUGGACUAUGGAGAAGGAGACCACGGUCUCUUUAAUGAAGAUGGGUCGUUUAUUGGAGCUUACACUGGGUCUAAAGAGAAAGGAUCAGUGGAGAGUACUGGAAGUUCAAUGGCAACUUUUCCACUUCGGGCAUAAACUAUCUGUACAUAAACCGCAUGAGUCAUUCACCUCAUUUUUCCAUGUUGAUCUAUGUAAGCAAGUCGUUGUCUACAAGAACAGAACUGGGUUUAGCCAGGAUCAAACAUCCAGCAAACAAACCAAGAACAAGUCACUGCCAUUGACAAAUAAGAACAAAUUCUUCUGAUCUGUGUUGCCAUAGGUUGAAUUCAAAGAAUGAACAUAACCAUGAUAAUCAGGUUCAACUUAAUUGAUUUCAAAUAAUGAGUAAUCAGUGUUUUCUUCACGUACCUGUUUUGGCUAUCCCAUGUCUCAUAACUUUUCUUAGCUUGUAGGAUUUUAGGUACAUUCUAUACACAUCCAAUCAUUCAGUUUCAUAGGAUUGCAUGGCUUAACUUUAUUUUGACUAGCAAUUGAAAGAUGAAAGAAACACAGGUUAUUUAAAAACAACAACAAAAUAAGACAGUAUAGCUUAUUGAAAUUGUUCACUGAAGAAACCAAGUCCAUAUUUAUUAUUUAAAUUUUUGCUUUUUAAGAUUCUUUCUACACAAUCCAUCAAUUGACAUCUAUCUAUUUGUCUAAUGCUGGUUAUUGCAGCCAGUAAUAUUUAAGGCAUUAAGUUGUGGCUGUUUAGUCAAAUCCAGUUUGAUUUCUGGUUUAUCCUUACUAUGGUAUCUCUGGGUAUUUGGGCUUCUUUCCUUCGACCAAAAACACCUGCAAGGGACCACUGAAUGUGGACAUAGGAGAGAGAGGCCUAAUGCUUGGGAAUGGUAACUUGGUAUUUGCUAAAACUAAUUCAAAGCCUCCAUUUUUAAACUGUCUCCUUUUACAUGUCUGGUGUAAAUAUAUUACACUAGCAUAUAUUUUCAGAAUGGAGUGAACACUUCUUUUGAUAUUUACACAAUGCAAAACAUAGAUGUGAUUUUAGUUUCUAUUUCGAAGUGAGAAACAUUAACAUGAGAAUGCAUACAGCUCCAGUACAGAGUAACAGUAAAUUGUUUAGCUCCAUUUCAGAGUUUGACUGUUUAGAAUUUAGUAAAAUAAACUUUCAGAUCUUAAGAAACUGCAUGUAUUGGGAUUUUAUUUUGUAAGAAUAAAAUAACUUCAGAAAAUUGAGGGAAUUUUUUGCAUAUUUUUCAAAGUAUGCUUUUCUUACUUGUCAAAAAAAACACGCUUUUUACUGUAGAAAUUGCUGUGAUAUGGUUUCCUUCAUACAUUGAACAUUGUUAGAAUGUUUGUUUCUAUAUUAUUUCUUUUUGUAAAAAUUUAAAAAUUCUUAAACUAUAUGAAUUGGCAUUCAGCCCAUUAGCUUUAUUAAUUUAUUUUUAAAUUGGCAUAAAGCAAUCCACAUGAAUUUCAGUAAACUGAAAUAAUGACUCCCUCACACAUGUUUCAUCCUAAACCUAUUAAUGGAUCAUCAGAAAACUUGGACUUUGAUCUAAAUAUCCUUCCCUCUUUCAUGAACAAAUAAUUGUGUUUGUUCAUUUGUUUGAUGAAUACAUAAUGAAGCAAAUGGAACUGGAUUUUUUUCCUUUUCUUAGAUUAUCAUAAGUAUACAAAAAGUAUAGGGAAAACAUUAAAAUAAUAGUAUGGAAGUAUUUGCUAUAGGAAUGGAUACUCACUAAAGUAAACUGUGGCUUUUUCAGGCUUUGUUGGAGCAUUAGAAUGUAUAUAUCUAAGAAUGUCCAUUUUUAAAUUACCUUCAGGUGUCCAUGACAGAAAGCUUGCAAAAUGAUAAAUAUGCUCUAUUGUAUUAAAACAAACAAACAAAAAAACAAUAUACAGAACUGGCUUUAAAAAUACUUGAGACUAAUUAUACAUUGGGAUUUGCUCUUGAUUCUCUUGUGAAUUUCUUUCCUUGGGGGUAUUGGCCAAAGGGUAUUUUUAAAGAAAUCAUAUGAAAGGUGAUGCCCCUCCUUUAGGUGAUUGCAAUAAUUCUUCUCAUUUUGGUGGAAUUAUUAGAAAUCGAGCUAGUUCUAACUUCAUCCAUCUCUUCUACCCUCAUACCAUAGAAAAGGCAACUAUUUGGUAUUCUUCCUAACUAUGUAAGGAUCCUGAGUUGUUUUUGUCCCACUGAAUAAAUGGCCAGAUUGUGUGAUACAGAAGAAAAGUUGAAAGAGAAAAAUAUUUUCACCACUUUUUCUGAAUGCUCUAUAUUCUCAACUACAGAAAGGAAAGAGUGUAUGAUAGUUCGUACAUUUUGACAUGAUUUCAUGGGAUAAAACAGGGUUUGAAUUUUGUGUAAAAUAAUGCUCACUAGUCUUCUCUUGAAACAGUAACCAGUUGGAUGUGUCUAAAAGGAUGUGAACCAGUGCUCUUGACGAUAAUAUCUUCUUUUUUUUCUCACAAAAGUUAUUUUGAUGGACUACAAUGGAUUAGCAAACCAUUCAACCUUGGAUUAUCUAAAAAACUUUAUUAUAAAUUAUGCCACAUAAACAUGUUGUAUUGAGUAUAGAUUGUUAAAUGGUAUUAGUCAUGUAGUUUACAAACCAUAAUUACUUUUCUGUUAAACUUUAUGAGGAAAUUGUUGACUAUGUUUUCUUUCUUAUGCCUCAGGACCUAAAGUAUAUAUGUAGUGUCAUUUAAGUGCAAUGAAAGUUUAAAAAGGAUAAUAGUAUUUGAGAAAGUGUCAAAUUAACCUAAAUGCUUAGCCCCCAGCUUAAAUCUAGCACUUUGUUCUCUGGUGAAUUUUCUUUCUCUAUAACUUUUAGCAAUUUCUAAUUUAACAGACUGUAAAUUAUGAUACAAAAUAUCUAAAAUAUUUAUAUCUUAAAGGACGCUAUAGGAAAUCACCAUAGCAUCUUUUUUUUUGAAAGGUACCUGUAUUUUCAAUUAAUGUAGUACUCUACUGAGUUUCUCAAUUACUUGAUAACACCCUGUUUUCUCCAUUAUAUAUGCCACUGUAUGUUUUGAGUAAAUUACCCACUGAGAUUCUACAUUCAAUCAUGUUCUUGUCCAUUUCCAGUCGGAGGGAAAGGAGCAAGAUGCACUGAAUCAAAAACUGGAAAAGUCUGAAUUCUCUUUGGAAUUCUUCCACUCACUUUCUGAGUAGCCUUAGGCACAUCCUUUAACAAUUCUAUAUUUCAGCUCUUUUCAUCAAUAAAGUGCUGCUGAAAAUCUGCUACCUGCUUUAUCACAGGGCUAGUUUUUCUAAUUAAGAUUGAUUAAUAAAUGUCUGAGAAAGGCUAAGAAGUCUUUCAUCUUUUUUUUAAGGUAUGUAGUUAAUCAUUAUGGGCAUAAUAAGCAGGAAUCUCUGCAUAGAACAAUAAUAUUCUGACAUCUCCCUAUAUUUUAUAUUUCCCAUUGAAUUUUAGUGGGAAUUGUGCCUAGACUAGUGGGAAGAAAGCUAUUGUGAACAGAUUAUACAAACAUAUUCAGACAUUCAAAUAGAUAUUCAGGCCAUACUAACUCAGUACUUUUUUCCAGUGAGCAUAAGAUAUAUAUUUUUGUAGAAAAAAAACAAAUAUACAGGACUUUAAAAAGAUGCCUCCCAUCCAGUGAGCAGUAUAAUUUGUGUGUGCCAUUACAAAAAAAAUAAUAAUUGAAUUUUUUUAAAAUAAAUUUAACAGGGUGUUUCCUAUACAAAAUGUUUUCUUUUCCAGUAGUUUUAUGUGCAUAUUUGUAAUAAAAAGCUUAUGAAUUAGUUGCAUUUAGUCUACUGGUUCUAAAGGCAUCCAAUAUUUUAAUUACACCCAGGUUUAUAAAAUAUGUGGAAUGUGGAAGUCUCAAAUAAUAUUUUUUUCCUAUUUUAUAGUCAUGGAAUAAAAGAUGAACUAAAGAAAAAGGAUUAAUGGAAGUUUUGCUUCCAUUUUUAAAGUCUAUAAAAUUAAAGUGUCAUUUGAAAUACUAAAUAUGUUUACAUAUCAUUAAGAUCAAAAUGCUUGUAAAACUUGCAAAUGGAUGAUAAGGGGAUUGAGUUUGUAAUGGGGCUCAUAUAUUCCAGUUUCCAUUUAGUGAAAUAGGUGGGGUUGAGCCAAAGCAUACUUUAUUUUAUUUUAGAUUUAUGAUAUUUUAUUACAUCAUCUGAAGAGGGAAAGGACUGUGUAUACUAAAUUAAUCUGACUGCUUUUUUCAGAUUAAUAUCCUUAGUGAAACUUUAUUAAAGUUGAUAAAAACAAAAAUGUGUUUGUAUUGUAGUUGCUGUUUGUAUCAUGUUUAUGUAUAUGUAUGGUUUCAAAAAAUAUUUUGAUUAUACAUGAAAUUAAACUUUUCUAAUAAAAGUUCAACUUCAUGUAAUCCAAAAA